UAAUUCAUUGUCGAAACAUGUUUAUUGUCUCAGCAUGAACAACGCGCCACAUGAACUCUCCACUUAUUCUAUAUAAGUAAACUUCCUGCGGGAAACUUCACCUGAACUUGUUUGGACACGCGAUACCUUAACGAUCACUCAAGUACAUUUGGAUCAGUAGUGAAUGUAAACAGAAAACAAAUACAAGGAUAAAAAGGAACAUAUAAAAUCAUCUGCCAAAAUGAGUGUCUGCAUGUAUGGAAUAGAGCCUAUGGAUUUUGCCUUCCAUGAUGAAGAUUUGGCAAUUGCUGUAUCCAGUGAUGUUGAUACUAAAUUUGAUGAAACUAUAGGACACAUAGAAGAUAUUAUUAUGGAAGAUGAAUUCCAGACAUUGCAAAAUAAUUUCUUAGAAAAAUAUUACCAUGAAUUUGAAGACACUGAAGAAAAUAAAUUUGUUUACACAGAUAUACAUAGAGAAUAUAUUGAAUUAAUAGAAAAAUACUUAGAAGAUGAAUUAUCUAAACGAAUACCAGAGUUUUCUAUGGUAGAAUUUACAAGACAAAUAAUAGAGAGAAGAAAUGAAUUAGAUGGUGAAAUAUUUGAAAUGUUAUCAACCUUUAGUGACUUCAUGGCAUUUAAAGAAAUGUUUUUAGAUUAUAGAGCAGACAAGGAAGGGCGAUCAGUAGAUUUAAGUUCUGGUAUUACAGUUACACACGUACAUGAACAUGACCAAGGAGGCAAUGGAGACGGAUUCUCAUUUGACUUUUCACUCACUGGACAAUCGUUUGGACCUAAGUAAAUCUUCCACAAUAUCAGGAGAACUGUUUUAAGUAUUAGAUCUGUGUCUGUUUACCUCAGCUUUAAGACAUGGAUCUCACUCUAACCAUUACUUUGAUGCACAAAGUCAGGGUCAACUGAAGACUUCUCUCCAGUCAAAUGAUUUGUCCAUGAAAAACACUUUUAACAGUCUUAGUUUUGCUGUAUUUAUCCUUAUCUGAAUCUAUUGAAUGCUUGAAAAUGAUCUGUAUUGGAGGAAUGCAUGAAUAGUAUAGGUGUUAAACGUGUUGAAGUGAAUAUAUCACCAUUAAGAAUUUUAAAUGAUAACAGAUAAGGUCACACACUGCCAAACUCUUUAUUUCAUAUAUAAAUGCUCUUAUUUACAUUGUGCAUUAAUUUAUACAUAAUGAAUCUGAAAUUGAUCAACAACAAAAAGAAAAUAGUACUUUAUAGAUAUUUUCACAUUUUUCUUGCUUAUUAUAAAUAAAAUUUAUAACUUUUCUCAUAAACAUUUUUUGUCUAAUCCAUAGAGGAUUAUGGUUGUACACAUGGUUUGUUUUGUUCCUCUGUUUUCUCAAAGAUUUACUAUGUACUUACUUUUAAAAUGUAUCAAACUUUGCCAUUUCACAUAUGUUAUUUACAUUCCUAUAGCACAUGUGUUUCAUGUAAAUUCAGUAUCACUAUAUAUUUAUUACCACCAACUUGCGAAAAGCUGUUACAUUUAAGUCUGUUUAAAAAAUGUGCAUGUGUCUUGUGAUAUUUCAAGUUGAUGUAAUCUGAGAUGAGAUUCAUUUAAUAUAUCAUAAUAGUUCACCAAAUUUAUGGUAUAUUUUUUAAAAGAGGGCAAAUUUCAAAACAGUAAUGAAAAGAAACCAAAAUAUGUGCUUCCUUUAAAAGUGUUAAGAUAACAUCAUAGUUGUAUACUUGGUUGUAAAGUGCUACCGUCCAGUUA